AUGUACGACCGACGGUUCCUCAGGCGACUGAUGCGCGUUGGAAGACGAAAGAUGGCUAAAUUAGAAGAGCAUAGCCCAGGCAAGUUGCUUAACCGCCAUUUGUUAAGUAAAGCGCUCGAGAAGUGGCAAAUGAUGCAUCGACUUGCGAAGUAUCAGAGCUCCUGGGCAUACUUAGAUCCGCCUUCACCAGAUAGCUACUCUUGGGACGAUGAAUCUGAUUUCGUAACUCUUUCUAGCCUCACAGAUGCCAGGAAGUUUUCCGAACAGUAUAUGUUUUACGAUCCCCCCGAUUCCCCUAUACCCGAAACAGACAUUCAGACUAAUGCUAGUUGUAGAGAUGCUCCUCCGUCUUUUUCACCUAGCUCUUUUGCCGAGGUCAAUUCGUGCUAG